UCAAAAGCAGUGGAGAAAGAUUUUUCACGAAAUCGAACCCCGCAUUUUGAUGUGGAUCCUUUACCGAGGAUGAUUCCGCUGUAAUAGUUAACACUCCAUUACCAAAUAUUCCUCUGCCGUUGAAGAAGCCAAAUAAUGAUUGUGUGGAUGAAAAAAGAUCCAUGCGUGCCUUCUUAACCAAGUCAAACCCGGGAAAAAAUGCGAAGGAUGGGAAGAAGGCAAUAGUUCCAUCUUCUAAUAAACAAAUUUUCGCACUUUGUGAUGGCAACGAUCCCGGUGUGGACUCCGAACCCGAGGAAACAUUGGCAGCUAUGAAAACCAAACUGAAACAAAAAUCUAAAAGUGAUGGCAAGAAGAAAGCCGAUGUUGAUCAAGCAUUGGCACUGAGAACCGAAGAACCAAUGCAAAAAGAGAACGAACGAACCAGAAAAGAAGCUGAAUGCGGAGUCGAUGAAUUCCCUCCCAAGAUUGUGGAGAUUCAUAGAGUGCGAUGGAACAUGAACAAGGGUAGCGAGAGAUGGCUGUGCUACGGAGGAGCAGCCGGAAUAGUUCGAAGUCAAGAGAUAAACAUUCCGGCAACGCCUACUCGUAAAGGUAGAGGUAGAGGUAAAGCUAAGUCGAGCUUAGUGUGCAUGCGGAAUUAGUUUAUGAAUAAGCAU